CUUUCUCUCUCUCGCCCUGGCCGGGAAGUGUAGUUAGCCGGUUAGUCUCGUGUUGGACCGUGAGGCGAGUGGACGGCGGGUCGCUGGGAGAGAAGAAGUAGAUUGGAUUUGCGUGAAGAUUGAAGAAAAAUACUUUGGUUUUCUUUUUUGAGAAAGGGGGGGAGUUUAAUUCUUCGUGGAGACGAUGCGGCGGAAGACUCUAUGGCCAUUGGUGUUGGCAGCGGUGUUGUCAGGGGUGUUGGCAGCGCCUGAAUCCUCGAAGGAGAGUGAUGAUAAUGGGAACCGCCUCGAGGACUCGCCUUCCACGUCCUCCGAAAUCGGGGCGGCGGAGGCGGCGGCAGGAGCGGCGGCGGGAGGGGCAGCUGCGGCGGCGGCGGCGGCAACGUCCGGUGGAUUCUUUGCGCCCCAGUUGCGGCAGUUCCUCGGAGCUCUAGAGAACGUCGAUGAUAUAUUGCGCUCGACGAUUCCUUCCUUGGACCGAUUCCAGUGCCUCGAGAGGGUCAUGUGCUCAAUGGCCUCGGCAACCAACCUUUUCUCGCCCGAGUCGCUGCUAAACCCCGGUGUCCAGUCGACACUCGAGCAGACCUUCCAGCAAGGUCUCAUCCAAGAUCCUUCGUUAGUUCAGCAAGGUUUCCCUCAGGGUUUCCCCCAGCAGACAGGGUUUCCCCAGCAGCAGGUGCUUCAGCAGGGCUUUCCCCAGCAGCAGGUGCUCCAGCAGGGCUUUCCCCAGCAGCAGGUAUUCGCCCAAGGCUUCCCCCCACAGCAGGCCUUUCCGCAACAGCCUGCUUUUCAACAACCCUUCCCCCAGCAGGGAUUUGGACCUCCUCCUGCUGGCAGCUUUAAUCCUCAGUUCCAGCCGCCGCCUUCACAGUUCACCCAAACUGGCUUCCAGCAGUUUGCUCCCUUCGGUGGAGCCGCCUUCAGGGAAAACCAGGAUGGACAGCCUGUGGAGAGGCAAGGCACGCGUCCCCAGGGCAUCAGACGUCAGCCCGUCAGGAGGAGACAGAGAAAUGGGUUCCUAAACUUGCUUAGUAACCUCGGACUGAACUUCGGCAAGAGGAAGAAGCGAGACCUCUUAAGCGACAUUGUCAGCGGGUUUACUGGAGAAAGGUUUAUGGGGCUGUUGGACCGAAUGAUGGAAUCCUACUCAUUCCAUCCCUACACCCACGCAGCCUACAUGGGAUACUCAGGAAACGAGUGUAACAGACUGUACCCCUCCUGUCCCUCGUCCGCUGAAGAGAUGAUCGACGUUUUCAACAACAUCCAUCGUCACUAUCCCAACGGAAUUCCCUUCAAGGAUAAGAUGCCGUGGCCACUUAAUGUUCUUCUUCCUUGAAUAAGAUCAAGGUGUUGAACAUACGAUGAUGUGAAUGUUGAUUUCGAAUUGAUGCCAUUACUCUUUUUGUUUAAGUUCUUUCAUUUGUAAUGUAUCUCUAGUAUUAUUCUUUUUUUCUUUUUCUCUUAUUAAAGUUUUUGGUUCUCAACACAUGAUUCGGGUACAUGUGGUUCAGAGAAACUUUACUGCCAAGAAUGUUGGUCAAGUUAAACAAAUUGAUGUUAUUAGUUAGUAUAGUAUAACGUACUUUUAAAUGCAGGUGAGAAGUAAUAACCAUCUUUUCUUAAAAAAAAAAAAGAGAAAAAAAGUGGUCUGUCUCACGUUGUUGGCUCACUUAUAAUCUGUGCACUUUUUAAUAAACCAACAUAAAGGGACUGUUUCUUAAAGGCAGUGUAAGCAUGUUCACAAGGAUUUUAUAAUUCACAGGACAAGAUGGGCCACUGACGUUUCUGUUUUACAUUAAUUCUGAUGACAGGGUAUAAAAUCAAAUGUGACAAUGUUAUCUUGUCUUGCAAAAUUAUUCACUCUCAUUUAUACCAGUUUUGCAACUAUGAAUUAAACUUCCCUUGUCAUUUUGGUAUGAUUUGUGUUUCUGACAAGUUAGGCCCAGAUGGAUAUUUGUACCACCUGCUUUGUUUCAAUAUAUUUAUAUCACUAUUUAUCUAUUCUGUUAUUUUCUGUCAGAAGCUGGUCUUCUGCUUAGAAAUAAAUAUUUACAAAUGAUAA